AUGGCUGCCUUGAUCCGCGAUGCCCCUCUCGGGCAGCUCAUCCGCUGGGCCACCCGCAACAGAUAUCUUCAGUACCCCGAAGAGCGGCCGGAUUUUGUCCUCCCCCAGCCCUGGAAGCAGCUUCUCGACAGCCUAGAAGGCGGCGGAGGGGUCGACGCCAACGUUGACCCCGGGGCGGGCACUGCAAACUCGUCUUCCGCCUCCUCGUCCUCCAUGAGUGGCCGCCAGGAAAACCGUGACAAUCGUGACGACGGCCCUGAUCAAGAUCCCUCAUCUUCCUCGACACAAACAUCAGCAUCAAGCGAUGCCCACGAGCAGCAUGGCCCGCAGCAGCUGCAGCUUCAUCGCACCACCUCCACCGUCGACACCCCGGCCUUUUCCGAGUCACGGCUCGAGGCCGAGCAGCUUCACGCCAUGGAGAAGACACAGUCGUUGCCUGUCGUGCCCCGGCGCACAAAGGACGGCGCCAUCCUCGUCGACUGGUACUACUCGGAUGACCCCGACGACCCCCACAACUGGUCCAACGGGAAGCGUGCUCUCAUCAGCGUCAUCAUCUGUCUCUAUACCUUCGUCGUCUACGCCACCUCGGCCAUCUACACGUCCUCCACGUAUGGCAUCAUGGAGGAGUUCGGCGUCAGCCAGCUCGAGGCCACCCUCGGCCUGUCUCUCUACGUCCUUGGCUACGGCAUCGGACCCCUCGUCUUCUCGCCCCUGAGCGAAAUCCCGCGCAUCGGCCGCAGCCCCGUCUACAUCAUCACCAUGUUCCUCUUCGUCGUCCUCUCCAUCCCCACCGCCUUUGCCUCCACAUUCGCCGGUCUCCUCGUCCUUCGCUUUCUCCAGGCCUUCUUCGGCUCGCCCUGUUUGGCUUCUGGGGGCGCCUCGCUGGGCGACAUGUACAGCUUGAUGGCCCUGCCCUUUGCCAUGGUCGCUUGGGUCUCUGCCGCCUACUGUGGACCCGCUCUCGGUCCGCUCCUCUCGGGUUUCUCCGUCCCCGUCAUGGGCUGGCGAUGGUCGCUCUUCGAGUCCAUCUGGGCCUCGGCCCCCAUCCUGCUCGCCAUGUUCAUCCUGCUGCCCGAGACAAGCACGCCGACCAUCCUGUACUAUCGCGCCCGCCGCCUCCGCAAGCUCACGGGCAACGAGCGCUUCAUGUCUCAGAGCGAGAUCGAUCAGCGCAACAUGAAGGUCUCCUCCAUCUUCUUCGACGCCCUCAUCAAGCCCAUGGAGAUCACCAUCAAGGAUCCCGCCGUGUUGUUUGUGCAGAUUUACACUGCCAUCAUCUACGCCAUAUACUACUCUUUCUUCGAGGUGUUCCCGCUCGUCUACCCCGUCUACUACGGCAUGAACCUGGGCCAGAUUGGCCUUGUCUUCCUCUGCAUCCUCAUCUCGUGCAUCAUCGGCGUCGUCAUCUACUGUGGCUACCUCUACUUCUAUGUCAACCCACGCAUCGUCAAGUUCGGCCUUUCCGCCCAGGAGGACCGCCUCGUACCUGCUCUAGGCGCUGCCUUUGGCCCGACCAUCGGCUUGUUUCUCUUUGCCUGGACAGCGCGGCCGUCAGUUCAUUGGAUCGUACCGACGAUCGGCAUCACCAUCUACGGAGCCACCUGCUUCAUCGUCAUGCAGUGCAUCUUCAUUUACGUUCCCCUCAGCUACCCACAAUACGCCGCCAGCCUCUUCGCGGCAAAUGAUUUCUUCCGCAGCGCUCUCGCCUGCGGAAGUGUCCUCUUUGCCAGCCCGCUCUUUGAUCACCUCGGCGUCGCCCGGGGUACCAGUCUGCUAGGCGGCCUGAGCUGUAUCGGCAUCAUCGGCAUCUGGUUGCUGUACUUUUACGGUGCUCGCCUACGUGCCCUGAGCAAGUUUGCCGUUUCUGGCGAGUAA